AACAUUAGUCGCUAGCGUCAUUCACACCCGCUGUCUAAAACAGCCUGCUCCGCAACCCCAGGCGUCCGCCGGGAUUCUUAUUCCGGUCAUCGCUAUAUACUUUGCUCCCAUAAUUUUCAUUCCUCUCUCUGCCCUAUUUUCUAUCUCCAGCUCUGGCGCAGUCUUGGUGACCAUUUCUUGGCCAAACCUUCGUAACUGUGUCUGCUCGGGUGCUUCUGACUCUGCCUGCAGAAUUCGAAACUGUCGCCCGCAAAACCCCACCAUAGCUGGGCGAGAUUGGUCGGUGCAUGAUGGGAUUUUGUAUAUGCCCGUUGGAAACGCCUGCUAGGUUGCUCUGGAGCACCAGCUUCUUCCGCCACAAGCUAAUGAUUUUUUAACUCUGGACCCCUUUGAUUCCUAAAAGUAAAUACUAUACUGAGACCCACCUGUUCUAUUUUCUUUUGCCUCAUCUGUCGCCGGAGUAAGCAUCUCUGGUGGUCAUCGGUGGGGAGUGUCGUCGAAGACCCUGUACGCUUGCGGAAAGAGGGCGAGGCUUGAACUAUGGAGGCCGGCCGUCUUUUCUUUGGCCCCUCCGUUUGCCGCGGGAACAUGCUGUUUCUCGGGAAUGGUGAUCCAGCUUAUCGAGGAGGAUCGAUUAUAAGCUUGGACGAAAGCUCAAAGAAACGACCAUUUUUCAGGUCAGCGGAUGAACUGUUCGAUGAGGAAUAUUACGAUGAGCAGCUGCCGGAGAAGAAGCGACGCCUCACUUCCGCGCAGGUGCUUCUGCUGGAGAAAAGCUUUGAAGAAGAGAACAAGCUGGAGCCGGAACGGAAAAUCCAGUUGGCCAAGAAGCUUGGAUUGCAGCCAAGACAGGUGGCUGUGUGGUUCCAAAACCGCAGGGCCCGUUGGAAAACCAAGCAAAUUGAAAGGGAUUAUGAUGUUCUCAAGUCUUCCUACGACGCUCUCCUUUCAAAGUACGACUCUAUCCUCAAGGACAAUGAAAAGCUCAAAUCAGAGGUGGUAGCCUUAAACGAGAAGCUUCUAGCUAGGGAGAUGCCACGAGAACCAUUACUUGAAGAAAAGGCCGAUCCACUUAUAAUGGAGCCAGCCCAAAUGCCUGCCCUACCAUUCAACGUAAAGGUGGAGGACCGUCUCAGCAGUGGGAGUGGUGGAAGUGCGGUGGUGGACGAGGAUGCUCCACAGCCUGUCUUGGACAGCGUUGAUUCCUACUUUGCAACUGAGAACAUCGGUGGGUGCGUGGCUGGGGUCAGCGGGGUUCCGUCGGAGGAGGACGAUGGUAGCGACGAUGGCAGGAGUUACUUCUCUGACGUGUUUGUGGCCCCUGAAUCCGAGAACCAAAACCAUGAGGAGGGAGAGGCGUUGCAUUGGUGGGUGUGGUCUUAAAUCAAGCCUGUAUUAAAGAGAGACAGAGAGAGAGAGAGAGAGGGGAAAAAAAUGUAAUGAUGUAAGGUGUCGUGCAAGAGAUUAGUGUUUUACACGAUAAAGCAGAUUGCGAAGAGUCUGUUGUUUGUUACAGAUGAUGGGGAUGGGGGCAUCAAAGAAAACUUCAACGUCUGUUUGAGGUGCUGAGAUCCCUCGGAUCAAUGGAUCCAAAGCUUGAGUUUAAUAAAUAAUUGGUUAAUGA